CAACCUCCCACUUUGCUCUGACGCAGCGGGGAGGAGACUUCAUUCCGAGUGAGCUCAUCUGAUACAAUCAUUCGUCUUAUGCGCAUCUCGUCCCGCCGAAUUCAAGAUCCCACGCCUGGGAACGCACCACGAACACGAUUUUGGCCGUUGGGGAGGGUCCAAGCAGGAACUACUCCGUGGGCGGCCCGAACAAUCGACGUCUUGCCCAAGCCCUCUGGACGACCUCUGCCCCUCCUUCAACCUGUCCCCAUUUCGAAGCUUCUGAGCUUCCAGCUUGCAUGGAACACAACACAAGCCCGAAUCUGCGAACGACCCAAAGCCAGCCCCACGAUCUUUUCUGCCAACAGUCUCUUGACACCCAAGGUCGAGACCGCCGGUGUGCACCAGCCACCGGACAGCAGCCAUGGCGGAACCCACUGAGGAUGAGAUCAACGCCGUCUGCGAAAUGCUGGAUGUAUAUGAGACCAGAGACAGGCAGAUGUUCUCCAGAGCUCUCAAGGCCCACAACAAUAACAUGGCACAAGUCGUCAACGAGUACUUUGAGGACCAAGAUACUUUCAGGUCCAAAUUCUCAUGGAAUGAAGCGCAGUUCAUGGCGGACCGAGACGGCUCGAGCUUACCAAGCUUCCAAGUCCAAGGGCCCGACCAGUACGACCCCACUGCUAACGCAUGGGACCAGAGUGGUGGCCUUGUCGCGCCUUCGCGACCACCCUCAAGAGCGCAGAACAGAUCACCUUUGGGUAAGAUGAUAGAUGAUUGGACGACAAACUACACAGUUGGUGCGCCAACGACGCAGCAGCAAGCCGACGAAGAUUUGAACAGAGCCCUCCUCGAGUCCACGAGCGCCGCCGCUACUAGAGGCGCCACUCCACAGGAGAGCGGUGUAAUCAGCACCGACACCAGUCUCCCCUUCUUCGGCCCGGCCAACAGGGAGACCUAUCAAGACGACCAGUGGGCAAUGGUUCGGGUGAAUAAGGAGGCAUCCGAUCCGUCGCCAUCGGCGAGAAAACGAGACCCUUUGACGCCGGUCUUCCUCCUUUGUCGACACAACGGCGCACAGAGACAUCGCCUUGGCCCGUUAUUGAUGAUCAAGCAUGACAUCCCUGCAGCCAGGAAUUUCUUCCUGUCUUUGGAUGCAUCCGAACAACCUGGGACGUACGGACACAACAAUUCGUGGUGGAAAGGCGAUGCGAUACUUUGUGCAAGCAGCGGAUCAACAGAAGCCUUACCCGAGGCCUACAGCUACCCAAACGUGAAAUUGGAGGACGAGAUCCAACGGUUGAUGGCUUUUCUCGACGAUACACAGCGAAGCUACGGAACAGCCGACUCCUUGUGCGAAAGCCCACUCAUGAAGAAUGCUUGGGACCCCGUGGUGCAUUUCUAUCAGAACCUAUAUAGCAAAGCCGGCUCUGAAAUUGUUCGAUCGACAAUGUGGACACUCGUACGUUUCGAGCCUGGAGCGGAUGAAGUUGAUGCGUCAACAAGCUCACCAACAUCCGAAUUCGGUAUCCUCGAGUUCAAAGUACCGGACGAGCUCUCAGACGUCCUGCACAGCCUUUACAGCUUGUGGGACGCCCUGUUUUGGAUCCAACAGCAGUCAGAACUUUCCGGCUUCCCGCAUGAGGAAUCAAAGCAGACCGCGUAUAUGGAGGACCCUGGUGAAGUCUUGACGAUGCGCAUCAAGCUUGAGAAUCAUCGGAUCGAGAUCCCAGAAACAUUCUACAUUGACAGGUACCUUGAGAAAAACCUCGGCACCGCCCGCAUUCUGAAAUCGCAGAUGGUUCAGCUCUGGCAAGCGCUGGCACAGAGUAAAGACGCAGAGAACAAGAUAACGAAAUGGAAUGAUUCAGCAGAUACCUGGAAAGACUAUGACAAGAUCUCACUGACCAAGAAGGUCAUCGCCAAGGUUGAGAAUCAAAUCUGGAAAGUCCGAGCGAACGCGCUGUGGAGAAAGCACGAGCAAUCGGUCGGAACCAAGGACGAGAUCCCAUACCUGCCGGCCGAGUUAAACCACCUUGCCGAGCUGAACGAGCAAGAGGACAAGACAGUGAAGAUUUUCGAGUCGCAGCUCGAUGUGGCCAAGCGCAAGCUUGUGAACAUUGAUCAACAGCUAGCUCGUCUUGGGCGGGAGAAGAAGGCGUGCUGCGAUAUUCUUCGUCAGAUGGCUGAGGUUUUGACUGUCCCUAGCGAGGAGGAAGGAAUGAACCCGACGCACAAGUACACUUUGCGAGGCGUGAUCACGUCACACGACGUAGUGUACAUGUGCAGGCGGAAAGAGGCGGAUCCUGCAGAGACAGAGGCUCCAAGCUCAAAGGUUGAUCAGUGGUGGCGGGUUGCUUGGGUGGCCGGUGACGAGAAUCCUGUCAGACAGGAGGUAACGACCUUUGAGAAGGUCCAGGAAGCCAUCUUCACCGAGACUGAUGCAGAUGGCUCCAAAGUGCCAAUACUGGUGUACGCGACAGACAAAGCGUUGAAUGAGGAGCCCGCCCCUCUGUCGGAUGCGCUGAAGACAUUCGUCAAGUUCGACAAUCGUCUCUUCAAGCAAGAAUUGCUGGAAGAACCCACACCUGCAGACAAAAAGCGGAAUGCUCCACAGGUACCAGAGUCGCCGCUGAAGAGACAGAGGAGCAAUAGCGUUGACUCGAUGGCUACGAAUCGGGCAUCGCUUGGCGACUUCAGUGAUGCGGGGGAGCGGGACGCGCUGAUGGGAGACCAGGAUUCAAGAGACGGAAUCAAUCCCUUUCAGUACGGUGACGGCACAGCCAUUAUGAGCACCGAGAUGGAGGAGAUGCGGCCGACCCCGUCUCAAGAACUCGCGGCGUCCAUGGGCGGCGCCCCGCCCUCGCCUCCGAUGUCAGCCAGGGAUGACGCGAGUGACCACGGGUCACCUGGCAUCAGAAGGUCCAGUGAGCGGCUUGCUAGGAUCUCUCUAGACGCGAAGGACCAGGCCGGUAAUGGGGCGGAUGUGCCAAAGGCCCCAGAGAUGGCUGAGCGCGUCUCACCCGUGUCGCCCUUCAUUGUCCGGCGGCCAAACGGGACUGUCGACAAAAGGGCCUCUAUUAUGGACCAGGCCAUGGAGAUUGACGGCAGCAUGGAGCUUCCCACUGCGGACGGGAACCCCGAGGACUAUUACAAAUAAGACUUGAAGACAUACUUGUUCGACCGGCUAUGGGUGGCCGGCGUGCGGCAACGAUCGUUGAUUCAUGGCGGCAUCGAGUGAGGCAUGCAAUGCAUAUACGAGCCAGGGUAGCUGCAUGCUCAACGGUCUUCUCUCAAUGAAUGAACGAUGGUCAGGAUCAGUCCUCAGCGACGGGCGUUGGGCAUAGAUGAGAAGGGAGCGGCAUCAAUCAUUUGACAACCACACGGGGGUAAAGCAUCUUGUUGAAGUCACCGGCAAGGCAAGAAAAGAUGAGAUGGAAGGCAGUCUUGCUGAUGAGACUCAGACAAGGCGGGGAGUGUGGUAGGAGCACGGGUAGAGGCAAUGGGUUCUUCAGUCAUGUUGCGCAUGAUGGAGACAAGGCGCCUAGCAUCAACAAGCAUAGCAAAAAGGAAUAGAUACCCCCCAUUUGAUCUCAUGGGGUCGUUGGCUGGCGGUGA